GGAUACUUGCACUCUUUGCCAUACGCUUUCCAAGUUUAUCUACGGACACUAGCUUUGAGUUUUACUUGUGCCCUUAGGGAUUUUUAGAUUUAUUUUUCUCAGAACAAUUUGAUUUUUUCAACACGGCGUCUUUUGAGAGUUGUUGUCUGCAUAUUCGUUCUAUCGUGUUCAAACAAAAAUACAAAAUCUCGUUAUAUCUAGGUCUUCCCUUUGAUACAAAAAAUUUCCUCUUUUUCUUUCUUACAUUCAAUUUCCAAAGAUCAACGACAAUCAUGGCUUUAGCUGAUCUCGCAGUUACAGCAUACACGCUGUUCACUGCUCUUACUUUGCUUCAACAGAUCCUGAUCAUUGUCUUCACACCUUUCGUGUACAACAUUUUAUGGCAACUUUAUUAUUCCACCAGAAAGGAUAGAGUUCCUCUUGUCUUCUACUGGAUCCCAUGGGUUGGUUCUGCCGUUCCAUAUGGUAUGCAACCAUACGAUUUCUUUGAACUGUGUCGUGCUAAGCAUGGAGAUGUCUUUGCUUUCGUUUUGCUUGGUAAGGUUAUGACCGUUUACUUGGGACCAAAGGGUCAUGAGUUCGUUUUGAACUCCAAGGGAGCCUCUGUUUCUGCCGAAGAGGCCUACAAGCAUCUCACCACCCCUGUCUUUGGUAAGGGUGUCAUCUACGAUUGUUCCAACGCUCGUUUGAUGGAACAAAAGAAGUUUGCCAAGUAUGCGCUUACAAAGGAUUCCUUUAUCAAUUAUGUUCCAAAGAUUAAAGAAGAAAUUUUGGAUUAUUUUGUUGAUUCUGAAAACUUCAAGAUGAAGGGUAAGAACUCUGGUAUAGCCAAUGUUAUGCUUACUCAACCUGAACUUACCAUUUUCACUGCUUCUCGUUCCUUAAUGGGUGAUGAGAUGCGUAAACUUUUCGAUGCCUCCUUUGCUCAACUUUAUUCUGAUUUGGAUAAAGGUUUCACUCCAAUUAACUUUGUUUUCCCUAACUUGCCUCUUCCUCAAUACAGAAAGCGUGAUGAAGCCCAAAGAAAGAUUUCUGGUACUUACAUGAAGUUGAUUAACCAAAGAAGAGCUACUGGUGACAUUGACCCACAACGUGAUUUGAUUGACUCUUUGAUGACCCACUCUACUUAUAAGGAUGGUGUGAAGAUGACCGACCAAGAAAUUGCCAACUUGUUGAUUGGUGUCUUGAUGGGUGGUCAACAUACUAGUGCUGCUACUUCUGCUUGGUUCCUCUUACAUUUGGCUGAAAGACCUGAACUUCAAGAAGAACUUUACCAAGAAGUUACUUCUGUAUUGGCUCCAAAGGGCGGUAAGUUGGAAGACUUAUCCUAUGAUGAUCUCCAAAAGAUGCCAUUGGUUACCAAUGUCAUCAAGGAAACCUUGAGAAUUCACAUGCCUUUGCACUCUAUUUUCCGUAAGGUGAUGAAGCCUCUUGUCGUCCCAAACACCAAGUACGUUGUUCCAGCUGGUCACCAUGUUUUGGUGAGUCCUGGAUAUGCUCAAACCAAUGAUAAAUAUUUCCCUAAUGCUGCCAAGUUUGACCCACACAGAUGGGACGAUGCCUCUGCCCAAACUUCUACUGGUGAUGAUACUAUUGAUUACGGUUUCGGUGCUGUUUCCAAGGGUGUUUCUUCUCCAUACUUGCCAUUCGGUGGUGGAAGACAUCGUUGUAUUGGUGAACAAUUUGCUUAUGUUCAAUUAGGAACGAUUUUGGCUACCUAUGUUUUCAACUUGAAGUGGACUUUCGAAGAAGGUGCCACUGUUCCAGACGUUGAUUACACCAGUAUGGUUACCUUGCCACAAGAACCAGCCAAGAUCAAGUGGGUGAAGAGAGAGACUUGUGUUAUUUAAGAUACUAAUAGAAAUAUGAC